GUCCCGCCCCCGGACACCGCUGUCCGGCUCCCGGGCUGUCCUCAGCAAGGGCGCGGUCUGGUGCUCGUGCGUCUUUUAUCACCUCAGUUUCCCUCCGCCGACUAGCGCGCGGGGCCUGGUUCUCCAUCGCGCGCACGGCAGCCUAGCGCAAUGAGGCGGGCAGCACUGCGGCUUUCUGCCUUGGGCAAGGGGCAGGUUACUCCUGGAAGAGGACUGACCCAAGGACCCCAGAACCGCAAGAAACAGGGAAUCUUCCACAUUCAUGAAGCAUGUUCACCUAUACAUGUGAAUCAUGUUCGAGAUAAGUUGCGGGAGAUAGUAGGAGCAUCCACAAACUGGAGAGACCAUGUGAAGGCAAUGGAAGAAAGGAAAUUACUUCAUAGUUUCUUGGCUAAAUCACAGGAUGGACUGCCUCCUAGGAGAAUGAAGGACAGUUAUAUUGAAGUUCUCUUGCCUUUGGGCAGUGAGCCUGAAUUACGAGAGAAAUAUUUGACUGUUCAAAACACUGUAAGAUUUGGCAGGAUUCUUGAGGAUCUUGACAGCUUGGGAGUUCUUAUUUGUUACAUGCACAACAAAAUCCACUCAGCCAAGAUGUCUCCUUUAUCGAUAGUUACAGCCCUGGUGGAUAAGAUUGAUAUGUGUAAGAAGAGCUUGAGCCCAGAACAGGACAUUAAGUUCAGUGGCCAUGUUAGCUGGGUCGGGAAGACAUCCAUGGAAGUGAAGAUGCAAAUGUUCCAGUUACAUGGUGAUGAAUUUUGUCCUGUUUUGGAUGCAACAUUUGUAAUGGUGGCUCGUGAUUCUGAAAAUAAAGGGCCGGCAUUUGUAAAUCCACUCAUCCCUGAAAGCCCAGAGGAAGAGGAGCUCUUUAGACAAGGGGAAUUGAACAAGGGGAGAAGAAUUGCCUUCAGCUCCACAUCGUUACUGAAAAUGGCCCCCAGCGCUGAGGAGAGGACCACCAUACAUGAGAUGUUUCUCAGCACACUGGAUCCAAAGACUAUAAGUUUUCGGAGUCGAGUUUUGCCCCCUAAUGCAGUGUGGAUGGAGAAUUCAAAACUGAAGAGUUUGGAAAUUUGCCACCCUCAGGAGCGGAACAUUUUCAAUCGGAUCUUUGGUGGUUUCCUUAUGAGGAAAGCAUAUGAACUUGCGUGGGCUACUGCUUGUAGCUUCGGUGGUUCUCGACCGUUUGUGGUAGCAGUGGAUGACAUCAUGUUUCAGAAACCUGUUGAGGUUGGCUCAUUGCUCUUUCUUUCUUCGCAGGUAUGCUUUACUCAGAAUAAUUACAUUCAAGUCAGAGUACACAGUGAAGUGGCUUCCCUGCAGGAGAAGGAGCAUACAACCACCAAUGUCUUUCAUUUCACGUUCAUGUCGGAAAAAGAAGUGCCAUUGGUUUUCCCGAAAACAUAUGGAGGAAGUGUAUUGAUGCCUGUCAGCACAAGAGCAUGUCUUUAGGAGAUUCUGCUUUUGAGAUUUGGCAGCCCUGAAGGCCAAAGAUGCCUGUGGCCCCCAGGCAGGCAAGCAGCCACUGGUAGUCAAAAACUGAUCCAGCCAGGCCGGGCGCAGUGGCUCAUGCCUGUAAUCCCAGCACUUUGGGAGGCCGAGACGGGCAGAUCACGAGUUCAGGAGAUCGAGACCAUCCUGGCUAACACGGUGAAACCCCGUCUCUACUAGAAAUACAAAAAAAAAAAAAAAAAAAAAAAUUAGCCGGGCGCGAUGGCGGGCACCUGUAGUCCCAGCUACUCGGGAGGCUGAGGCAGUAGAAUGGCGUGAACCUGGGAGGCGGAGCUUGCAGUGAGCUGAGAUUGCGCCACUGCACUCCAGCCUAGGCAACAGAGCGAGACUCCAUCUCAAAAAAAAAUGAAAUAAAAACUGAUCCAGCCAAAGGAAGAGGCAGGAGUCAUGGCCUGCUCCUUUGGGAAUGUGGCACACCCCGGCCCAACAGUGUAUCUUGUUCUGUCCCAGUGUUCCCAAGUAGUCUUGUGUUUAUAUGAUGAUAUGAUGGUUUUCUAAGGUGUUACAAGUUUCUCCAGGGUUCUCUUUCUUGUGUUUCAGAGUCCAUGUUGUACUUAGAUGGGCAGCGGCAUUUCAACUCCAUGAGUGGCCCAGCGACCUUGAGAAAGGACUACCUUGUAGAGCCCUAGGAACACCACAUUUGUUGAAAACUAGCACUCCACCCACAGUGACGUGGUAUCUGAUGAAGACCUGAUCGAGUGUAUUGAUUUUAGUGUUGCUUCGUGUCCUCCAUACAGGAGGAGGAUGUAUUCAAUCUUUAGGAUGAUCAGAAAAGCAGAACGAGAGAGUGGCCAGAUGGGGCUGAGGGGAGAAAGAAUUAUUAAACAAUAAAUACUUUCAAAACAA